CCAAGCAGGAUGUCGUACCGAGCCGUCACUGCGAUUUGUGUUGCGCUCUGCGGUGUUGCCCUCGUCGUCGGCGAUUACCAGCUUCCCUCGACAGUGAAGACCUGCAAGAAGGACGCGGAUGACUUUUCGUCCUGUUUGAGACUCGCCAUUCAGGAAUCAUGGCCCACCUUCAUGGAAGGCCUACCGGAUUUCGAGAUUCCACCCUUGGACCCGUAUUACAUCGAAACCCAUUCAAUGAAUUACAACAAUGGCCAAAUGCGCGGAGCAAUGAGCGCCAGCGAUGCUCAUAUUUACGGUCUUUCCAACGCUCGUUUCCUGUCCGUGAAACCGGAAUUAUCUGACGAUUUCUUCCGAUUGGAAGUCGACGUCGAGUUUCCGAAGCUCUUGUUGGACGGCUACUACAAAGCCGACGGAAAUCUGGGUAGCUUCAAAAUCGGUGGAAAAGGUUUCUUCAACGUAAGCAUGGGGGACGUCAGGACCACCUGGGACAUCUCGGGGCACGUAACCGACGACAGGUGGGUAGUCGAACAUUUCAAAUUCGUGCCUGAAGUCGGCGACAUGAAGAUCUGGUUCAACGGUCUCUUCAACGGAAACGAAGAAAUGAACAAAGCUGCCCUCUAUUUCGUCAACGAGUACUGGCCAAUGGUGUACCGAAGUCUAUUGCCGAAGUUGAUGGAGGCUUGGGACACUGAUCUCACCGAGUUCGUCAAUCGGUUCUUCUCGAAGAUACCGUUCUCGGCGGUAUUCCCUUGAUCUACAUUCGAUCUAUAGUAAAUAAUUAGGAGCGAAUCGAGACGGAAUUCAUGAUCGACAGACCAUGAAGGAGUUUAAGCAAACGGAGGAGUGAAGCGAGGGCCGCGAGAUAUAUUUUAAUGUUGUGCAAUGGGAACGAUCCCAGGGACGAUGUUUCGAACUAUUUCUACGUUUAAACUGUAAGCUCUGUUCGAGAGUUGUCUGUAACGAAUAGCUGCGAGACGGUGCUUGAAAUGGAUUGUUAAAAUCUGUGACUGUUAUUGGAUCGAACAGUGUGAUGUAAAUAAACCAAUGCCAAAUA